UUUGUUCAUCUAUUCUCACCAUAACUCCAAGUAGGACAUUCAUGUUAUAAUGCUACUAGAUAAUAAAUUAUAAAUUGCACCGCUACCAAUAAGUAAAUAGUCUUUGAUAUUAAACAAUACAAGUAAAGAACAAUCUGCUAUUAAAUAUGGUCAUAUAAUGGAUCUUUAAAUAAAACAAAGAGUUUGAAGUGUGACAUAAAAUGAUUGUAAAUAACUGCAUUGCAGAUAUAGUUAGUAAGUCAUGUGUUAGCUAUUUAUAGUGUCUUGUGAGGACGCUUGUUAAAUAAAUUGUUCUAUACUUCAUGGUAAAUUGUUUCAUCCUGUCUCACUGUGUCUUGGGUUCUAGUUACCAUUUAAGGACUCGUUUGGUACUACUGUGUUGACAUCAAUGUUCAUAUUGUUCAUGGUCUCAUAUGAGAAAUAUGAGAAUAAGAUGAACAGCUUUACGGGUAUACGAGCUACACGAACUACGGGAUGGAUACUCCUACUCCAGCACCGUCUGCCUCGGGCGACUGCUUGGCUGGAUUCGGAUUUCCCACCAUGGAUUCCCUGAGUCCAGUGUUGGACUCGGACUUUGAUGAGAGCCUGGCUGUACCUGAGUCACUGUCCAUCAUAGAAGGGGACAAAGUCGAUAAUAAGGAGGAAAAUGGUGUUAGUGCACCAAGACAAACGACAGUGCCAUUUAAAAAUAUCCACACCCCGCCGGUAAAGUUCAACUCAGUGCAUAGGAAAGUGUUCAUUCCGGGUGUUGAAAUAAAGGUCAGAUUCGUAGAAAACGAAAGAAGCGUCACAACACACUUGCUAAAUCCUAAUUUAUACACAAUCUACCUCCAACAUGGUGAAUUCAACUGGACGAUCAAGAAGCGUUACAAGCACAUACUCUACCUUCAUCAGCAGCUCACUCUAUACAGAACCUCUUUGGACAUUCCCUUCCCCACCAAAACCCAUAAAACUAGAAGAGCCAGCUUCAAGAAUACUGUUGAUACGGAAGAAAAGGCUGAAAGGGUUGCCAUGCAAGCUGUGCCUAGAAGUAAUUCUAGGAGAGCGGUGAGGCCUAGGAAGAGGAAAGGAGCGCUGCCUAGAUUUCCAAAGAAACCCGAAGUAAUGGUGACAUACGAGGGCAUCCAGCUAAGAAUGAAGCAGCUUGAGGAGUAUCUAUACAACCUCCUAAACAUCUCGAUAUACAGGAACCACCAUGAAACGGUAAAGUUUCUAGAAGUUUCAAAUCUAUCGUUCAUAUCGGACUUAGGCGGUAAAGGCAAGGAGGGCAUGAUACUGAAACGCACCGGUUCGACUCAGCCGGGGCAAGCUGGCUGCAACUGCUUCGGUCUCCUCGGAAACAUGGUUUGUGUGAGGUGCAACUAUUUCUGUACUGGUCUGCUGUGUGCCAAAUGGCAGGAACGAUGGUUCUUCGUGAAAGAUACAUUCUUCGGGUACAUUCGACCGAGGGAUGGCGUCGUGAAAGCUGUUAUGCUGUUUGAUCAAAUGUUUGAAGUAUCAAGCGGUAUGUACUCAACGGGAAUGAACCAUGGUCUUCAGAUCCUCAACCAGAGUCGACAGAUGGUGAUCAAAUGCUGGACCAAGCGAAAGAGUAAAGAAUGGAUGCAGCACCUCAAAACUGUUGCUAAUCAGACUGCUAGAGAUUUCACGUACCCAAAUCUCCACCAUUCCUUCGCCCCGCCCCGCGCAGCCACCCCAGUGGGUACGUUAGUGGACGGCUCCGCGUACCUCUCCGCUGUAGCCGAUGCCAUGGAACUGGCUAAAGAGGAGAUCUUUAUAGCAGACUGGUGGCUCAGUCCGGAGAUAUAUUUGAAGAGACCAGCCCUUAAUGGCAGCUAUUGGAGGCUUGAUACUCUGUUGAAGAGGAAGGCGGCGCAAGGUGUAAAAAUAUUCAUAAUGCUGUACAAGGAAGUGGAGAUGGCACUCGGUAUCAACAGCUUCUAUAGCAAAAGUAAAUUAGCUAGCGAAUAUAUUAAGGUAUUCCGUCACCCCGACCAUGCGAAAGCCGGCGUCUUGUUCUGGGCGCAUCACGAGAAGAUCGUUUGUGUCGACCAAACUGUCGCCUUUGUGGGCGGCAUCGAUCUCUGCUAUGGACGAUGGGACGACUAUAAACAUAGGUUAAUAGACCUCGGCAACGAAGUCCAACCUAAAAGCCUAUUACGAAUGAAGAAACAGACAUCGUCCUCUCCAGGUGGUGGACCGUAUCUACCGUAUACUAAUGGACUGGAGGCUGCCCUGGAACUCGCUAGGAGCUCCAAGGAUCUAGUCAUCAGUUUAAACGAUGCGACAUUGAAAGAAGAAGACGAACAAACAGAAAAAGAAAACAACAACGAAGUUAAACCUGAACCUAGUACAACAGAGAACCCUGAUAACUUGCCAGUCUUGGAGCCAGGAGACCAGCUCCUCAUCAGAAGUGCCAACGCUCAAAUAGACCCAACCAAACGAGAGAGCGCACUCGAUACUCCAGAAGUACAAAGAAGAAAUGUCUUAGACAAAAUAACUGACAGAGGCAAAAAUAUUAUUAGUAUUCUUUACCCUCCGUACGAAGAAGAGAGAAAUGAGCAGAAGUUCGAUGAUUCUGAAAGAAAGAAGGCAGAGAAGUAUGCUUUGUCUACUGAUCAGAUUCUAUUGACUGAUGCGCUGGGGAUCAAACCAGUGGAGGUUAACAGUAGACAUGUUAGUCAGCCAACUCCGUUAGCACAGGUGGUUGAAGGGAGAGUUAUUACAGACCAGACGAAAGAAGAAUUGGAACAUAAAGAAGGAAACUCCAAGCUCUGGAUAGGAAAGGAUUAUACCAACUUCAUUGUAAAAGACUUCAAUAAUUUAGAUCUGCCUUUUGUAGACUUAGUAGACCGCAACACGACGCCUCGUAUGCCGUGGCACGACGUCGGCGUCGUACUGCAGGGCGCCGCCGCCAGGGACGUCGCCAGGCACUUCAUACAGCGGUGGAACGCCAUCAAACUGGAGAAGGCUAGACAAAAUCCGAACUACCCGUACUUAUUACCGAAGGCAUAUUCCGACAUCAAACCUCUACAAGAUCUGGACAAAGUACUAGAAGUUGAUAUUAACACUGUCUCCUGUCAGGUGCUCCGUAGUCUAUCAAGUUGGUCAGGUGGCUUCUUGGACCCCGACACAGUGGAACAGAGUAUACACGAAGCCUACGCAGACACUAUAACCAGGGCACAGCAUUACGUGUACAUUGAGAAUCAGUUCUUCAUCACACAAUCACGCUCUAGCCAGGCUGUGAGGAAUCAGAUAGGCGAGGCGCUAUACAAUCGAAUAAUGCGUGCGUUCCGUGCGAAGGAAACGUUCCGAGUGUUCGUAGUGAUGCCGCUACUGCCCGGCUUCGAGGGAGAGGUCGGCGCGCCCUCCGGGACCUCGCUGCACGCCGUCACUCAUUGGAACUACCAGAGCAUAUGCAGGAGCCGCGAAGCAAUAAUAACUCGUCUGUACGAGUCUGGCGUACCAGAUCCCUUCGAAUACAUAACGUUCCAUGGCUUACGAACUCACUCAGUACUGGGAGGGGAGCCAGUCACUGAGUUGGUGUACGUGCACUCGAAGUUACUCAUAGCUGAUGACAAAACCAUUAUUUGUGGCAGCGCCAAUAUUAAUGAUAGGUCUAUGAUUGGCAAGAGGGACUCGGAAAUCGCUGUGUUAUUGCAGGACGAGCAGUUCAUAGACGGUACAAUGAACGGUGAAGCCUACCCAUGCGGUAAAGUAGCUGGUGCACUACGUAAACGACUGUUCAGGGAACAUCUAGGUCUUAUGGGAGAAGACCUAGACAAGCUAGGCAUAUCACUUGACGAUCCCAGUUGCCACGAGUUCUAUAGAAACUACUGGAAGGCUAUAUCUAAGAGGAACACUGAUAUGUAUGAAGAUGUAUUCCACACAAUACCAACAGACGCAGUACACACCUUCGCUGAACUAAAGAAAUACCAAGAAGAGAACGAAUGUCUUUGGAACAAGGACCCAGCUCUAGCCAACCGGAAAAUAGACCUUAUACAAGGCUAUUUAGUAGACAUGCCGUUGGAAUUCCUUUGCAACGAAACACUAACACCUAGGAACACUUCUAUGGAAGGUAUGUUGCCGACUGCACUUUGGACUUAAAGCCAUUGAAGAGGACACUGCCAUAAGUCGUUUAGGAAGAGAAUUGUAAUAGUUAAUUUUAAUAGUAAGCUAAUCCUUGGUUUCUGAUAAACAGAAGGCUUAGUACAAGUUUGUUUUAUGUUUACCUAGAUCGAAAUGAGAUCGCGAGGCCCUCUGAUUGGCCGGCUCCAAUAAACUAUCGAGGGCCGAACGCGGUCUCGAUUCGCUCUCGGGAAACGUAACGUACUAAACUCUCAGUUCUAAGUCAAAUGUGUGAUGUCUCAAUUUAAGCGAUGGGAUAUUAUGUACCCUAAAAAGUGGGGCUAUCAAUUAAUCAGUUACAAACUGAGAAUGCUCUAUAGCUAUUUGUACUAUAAACUCAUAAAAGAUAUCCUUAUAAUUGUAGAACUUGGGCACAAAUUAGACAUUCAGACUUUUAACUGCGCAUGAAACGUUUGCGCAUUACGAAAUAUAUUGCGCAUGUUCUCACAAAGUCUUUAUAAUCGUUAUAAAAUCGGCCUAAAUACUACGACGUGUAUUUAAAUACGAUAAAAUCAAUAAAUUUAGGAGUGGAAUUAUUAAGGUUACAAUUUGUUGGUGCGGCUAUAACAGUUUUAUCUUUUUCACCGUUUGUUAGAUAUAAAGCGAUUCGUACCUAAUGUCGAAAUACUCAAACGCUACUCAAUUUUAGGUUGCGCUUCCUAAAAGACACGAGUUUAUGUACGUUGACCCUAAUAUCCUUUUUGGAGAACCUCCUCCUUGGGAAAUCUUAUUAAAAUGGUUAAUUUUUGUAGUCGCAACAAAACUCCGGUUCGACUUCCUUGAAAAAGGUCAUAGUAUAAUUCUGUCUCUACAAAUUCUUUGUAAUAUGACAGAGAUGGCAUCAUUUUUAAGUACUACUUAAAAUUCAGAAGCCUUUCUGUAUUCGACCGUAAGGGCUAUAACUUAAGGUUUAUUGUUUAAAGAGCUAUUUCCAAUUUAAAAGCUUAUGACAAUUGGGUACUUGCCUUCAUUAGAAAUAAAUUAUUUCGACUGUUCGUUACAAUAAAAUAUUAAAAAAUAA